ACGGUUGUGGCGCCAAAGAAAUUGAUAGCAAUCAAUAGAGCCAAGCCAACACCUUGGGUUUCAAUAAAAACUUGUUGAUGGACCUUUUGUAAAGAAGAAUGUAGAGCAUAUCUCUUCGCUAUUGUUAUCCGAUUUCUGUUCUUAUCUGUCAAGCAUUUCGGCUAAAAUUAGCACAAAUGUGCUCUCAUAUUAGGCAGAUUAACAAAGAUGCACUUUCAGCUAUGAUUUUCCUAAUGUUGUCCCUGUUCUUGCUCAGUGACUCUGUUUCUUCAGAUACUAAAUCCAUAUCUUGUGAUCCAAGUCCAACUAAUUACACACCAAAUAGCCGAUUUGGGAACAACCUCAACAUCCUUCUUGAGUCCCUAUCAUCGAACACUCCAUUAAAUCAAGGCUUCAACAGCACUGCAAUCGGAAACAACAUUGAUCAAGUUUAUGGGCAAGCUCUUUGCAGAGGGGAUGUCACUCCUGAAGUGUGUCGGGAUUGCAUAAAGAAUGCAAGCCAGGAGAUCAUGACAGUGUGUCCAACCCAUAAUGCAAUUAUAUGGCAUGAAUUCUGUCAAGUACGAUACUCACACAUGCCUUUCUUUUCCUCCAUGGUCUAUAAUGGAAUGUAUCCUGCCUCGAACAAACAGGAGAAAAGUAUAUCAGACCGUGUUAGUCUUAUUAAAGUUUUGAAGGAUUUUAUGAAUAAACUCUCGGAUGAAGCCACUGUCAAUCCUUCUAACCUCAUGUUUGUUACUGGUAAAACCAAAUUUUCAAGGAAUGAAUCAAUCUAUGGGCUGGUACAGUGCACAAGAGACAUCUCUCAUAGUGAUUGUAGACAUUGCUUGAAUGAUGAAUUUGGAGACCUUGAAGCGUGCUGCAGUUCUCUCCAAGGUGGUAAAAUUUUCAGCAGAAACUGCAACAUGAGGUUUCAGCUAUACCAGUUUUACAACGAACCUACUAUCAAUGGGCAAAGAAAGAAGAUUACGGUGGCUAUGCUAGUUACCGGUGCAACAACAUUCGUGCUCGCAGGCCUUGCCGCUGGCUGCUAUGUUAUUCGGCGUCAGCGAAGCAAUGGAACACAGAAGGAUGAGGAAAGAAGCCAAAGUGCGUUGUUACAUGAAUUGGCAAACUCACCUAGUGUUGCCAUUAAUCAAGAAGGUCAAUUUGUUAGUUCUCAGGAACUGCCUUUCAUGGAGUUGGCUACUAUAAUGGCAGCCACUGACAACUUCUCUGAUUCAAAUAAGCUCGGACACGGUGGGUUCGGCAUUGUUUACAAGGGUGUCUUGUCUGAUGGCAAGGAAAUAGCAGUUAAAAGACUAUCGAGGAAAUCAUGGCAAGGAUUAGAGGAGUUCAUGAAUGAAGUCAUAGUAAUUUCAAAACUUCAACACAGAAACCUUGUCAGACUUUUGGGUUGUGGCAUACAGGGAGAAGAAAAGCUGCUCAUAUAUGAAUACAUGCCUAACAAAAGCCUUGAUCUCUUCCUAUUUGAUUUAGAGAAGUGUGUAGAACUUCACUGGGAUAUGCGCUUUAAUAUUAUUCAUGGCAUUGCUCGGGGACUACUUUAUUUGCACGAAGACUCAAGGCUUAAAAUCAUACACAGGGAUCAAAAGCCUAAUAAUGUUUUACUGGACCAAGAAAUGGUCGCAAAGAUUUCAGCCUUUGGAAUGGCACGGAUUUUUGGCGAAGACCAAAACACUGGUAACACCAAAAGAGUUGUAGGAACAUAUGGAUACAUGGCUCCAGAAUAUGCAAUGGGAGUAUUAUUCUCUGUGAAAUCUGACGUCUUUAGUUUUGGAGUAAUUUUGCUGGAGAUCAUUAGUGGGAAAAGAAACAGUGGCUUUUACCUUACGAAACAUGCUUCGACACUCCUUGCUUAUGUGUGUUUUCUCACCCCCUUGAAUUACAAUACUGAGAUAACUAGAUAUGUGCUUCCAAACAACUCGAUUUUACAGGCAUGGCGACUAUGGAAUGAAGGAAAAGAAUUGGAAUUUUUGGAUCCAUUGUUGGCGGGAUCAUGCCCUGUGACAGAAGUUGUACGAUGCAUUCAUAUCGGGCUUUUGUGUGUCCAAGAAGAUCCAGCAGAUAGGCCCAAUAUGUCAUCUGUGGUUGUUUUGUUGGGAAGUGAAUCAGCAACACUUCCUCAACCAAGACAACCUGCAGUUUCUGUUGGCAGAAUUGCUCAUAUGAAGUCAUCUUCGACCACAGAUCCUUCUUGCACCCAAGAAGAGGAGAGAGUCAUGUUUCCGUUUCCAAAAACAAUCAAAUUGCUUUUGCUUUAUCAUUUCUUUUUUCCACUUCAUGAUCUUGUUCGCGCCGAUGCCCCUCCCUAUCAAUUUUGUUCAAACACAACUAUUUCUACAAAUAAUAAUCUAUUUCAAUCUAAUCUCAAAAACCUUCUUUAUUCUUUGUCUUUAAAUUCUUCUGUCUCCAAUUUCUACAACACCACCAUGGGAAAUGACCAAGACACAGUUUUCGAUCUCUUUCUCUGCUACAACUUUGUAUCGAAAGAUUACUGCAAGAACUGUAUUGAAAGUGCAUCACAAGACAUCCAAACACUUUGCAGAAAAAGAAACGAAGCGGUUGUGUGGGAGGAAAAUUGCCAGUUGCGCUACGCUAAUGAAUCAUUCUUUGGGCAUUUGGAUGUAACAGGAAACAUUUGGAAAGACAACAAACAAAAUGUUUCUGGUGAUGAAUUUGGCCAGUUUAGUUCUGUCGUGAAUGACACAUUGCAUAAUCUUAGCAGGCUCACAGCAUUCAAUCCUUCAUAUGGUAUGUAUGCCACUGGAGCGGUGAACUUUACAGAUACUGAAACAAUAUACGCUCUUGUGCAGUGCACAACAGACUUGUCUCCAGAUGACUGCAAUACAUGCCUUGAAAUAGCAAUAGCAAACACUUUAAGUUGUUGUUCUGAGUCUCGUGGCACUAGACUUCUUAGUCCCAGUUGCUACUUAAGGUAUGAGUUCUAUGCUUUUUAUGAAGGCGCGACUUCUGAAAACCUGAGGAUAUUUGAAACAAGCAGGAGGAACAAUUGGAUGAUUGCUACAAUUGUAUCAGCAAUUCUAAUGGUAGUACUUUUGGGUUUUUGUGUCUGCUACUGUAUUGCCAUAAGGAAUCAAACUUCAUAUGGUAUGUAUGCCACUGGAGCGGUGAACUUUACAGAUACUGAAACAAUAUACGCUCUUGUGCAGUGCACAACAGACUUGUCUCCAAAUGACUGCAAUACAUGCCUUGAAAUAGCAAUAGCAAACACUUUAAGUUGUUGUUCUGAGCCUCGUGGCACUAGACUUCUUAGUCCCAGUUGCUACUUAAGGUAUGAGUUCUAUGCUUUUUAUGAAGGCGCAACUUCUGAAAACCUGAGGAUAUUUGAAACAAGCAGGAGGAACAAUUGGAUGAUUGCUACAAUUGUAUCAGCAAUUCUAAUGUUUUUUUCUUUUUUCUUUUCUGCAAACAUGAAAUCCUUUUUUUUUUCUUUUCCUUCUUUUCCUUCUAGUUUUAAUGGCUUGAUACAUUUUUUUCAGGGUCAACUACCUGAUGGUAAAGAAGUUGCUAUGAAGAGGCUCUCAAGUGUAUCUGAGCAAGGUUUAGAUGAAUUCACCAAUCAAGUUUUAUUAAUAUUGAAACUUCAACACAAGAAUCUUGUCAGGCUUCUGGGCUUUUGCAUAGAUGGAGAUGAAAAGUUUCUCAUCUAUGAAUACAUGCCCAAUGGCAACCUCGAUGUCUUCCUUCUUGAUCCUAGGAAGCGUGCGCAAAUGAACUGGAUCAGGAGUCUAAAUAUCAUCAAUGGAAUUACAAGAGGAAUGCUAUAUCUUCAUGAGGAUUCUUGGCUUAGAAUCAUUCAUAGGGACUUGAAACCAAGCAAUGUGUUACUGGACAGUGAAAUGAAUCCAAACAUAUUAGACUUUGGAAUGGAAAGGAUCUUCGGAGGAAGUGAUGAUGCAACUAACACUGCUAGGAUUGUUGGGACAUAAUAGUGGUUACAUGGCUCCAGAGCUUGCUAUGGAAGGACUGUAUUUUGUUAAGUCUGAUGUUUUUAGCUUUGGUGUCCUUUUGAUUGAGAUCAUAACUGGGAGGAGGAAUGCUACUUUUCAUCUCACUAACUGCGUCCCUAGCCUUAUAGCAUUUGUAUGGCAAUUAUGGAAUGAAGGGAAAGGGUUGGAAAUGAUCGAUCCAUUAUUGAUGAAGUCUUGUGAUCUUGACGAGUUCGUAAGAUAUAUGCAUAUUGGUUUAUUGUGCGUCCAAGAAGAUGCAUAUGAUAGGCCUACUAUGUCAUCAGUUGUGGUUAUGCUGAAAAGUGAAGCUGUAACUCUUAGUCAACCUGAACGACCCGCCUUUUCUAUCGGGAGAUUUAGAGAUCACUAUGAAACAAAUGACAAAGAUUAUUUUGUUAAUGAAUUAACAAUUGAUGUUGUUAUGCCCCGUUGAUCGAUGCAGCUGAGUGGAUUAAUGGUUUCAAAGUGUUGUAGUGUAAUUAUCAUUAUGAGUUGUUAGAGAAAACUUUAAUAAACAUAAUAAAAAUUGCCCCAAUGGGAGUUGUCAUUGUCACCGUCUAUUUGUUGUCUUUCUCAUGGUGAGUUAUGUAUUAUGAGAGGGAGGAAAGAG